UAUAUACACAUAAACAUGUUCCAUUCCAUUCUAUUCCGUCUCAUCAUCGAAGCAGCACACAACACUUCUCGCAUUAUGAAAACCCAACACCCUCUCUUCUCUCUUUUCUCUCUCCUUACCCUUCUCUCACCUCUCAUCCUCCUCCGCCCAACUGCCGCAGCCGCUUCCUCCGCCCCCGCUUCCAACAGCACAGACUUCAUCCGCUCGAGCUGCGGCGCAACCCUCUACCCGGAACUCUGCUACAACUCCCUCGCCGGCUACGCCAGCGCCGUCCAGGAAGACCCGGCCCGGCUCGCCCGUGUCGCCAUCGCGGUCAGCCUCACCAGGGUCCGGUCCGCCUCCCGGUACCUCCUCAACGCCUCCCGCCGCGCCGACUACGGCCCCGACCCCCGCGCCGCCGCCGCCGCGCACGACUGCGUCUCCGUGUUCGGCGACGCCGACGACCAGAUCCGCGGCUCGCUCAGGCAGAUGCGCCGGCUCGGCUCAGGGGGCGAGUCGCUGCAGUUCCAGAUGAGCAACGUGCAGACGUGGAUGAGCGCCGCGCUGACCAACGAGGAGACGUGCACGGACGGGUUCGAGGAUGUGGGCGAUGGCGACAUGAAGACGGACGUUACGGAGCGGGUGGUGAAGGUGAAGGAGGUCACGAGCAAUGCGCUGGCGCUGGUGAAUAGCUACGCUUCCAAGGUAACGACGCCGUGACCGACGUCGUUAUGGGUAAAAUUGAUUAGGACGUUAAUUACGUCGUUAUGUGCAAAGGGUAUAUUAUAGGAUUAUAGUAAUCAUCACUAAUCAAAAAGAAAAAGAAAAAGAAAAAGAAAAAGAAAAAAGAUAGGAGUACUUAUGUUAGGUGAGUAGUGGGCUUGUUUAAUUUCUUUUAGGCUUGUGAGUGUGUUAUUACCCCUUGAUUGGAAAGAAAUUAAGAAGGUUUGUUUAGUCCUUUUGUCAGAAAA